CAGAAGUGCCCCUUGUGUCUUGAGCCAUGGAGACCUACGAUGACAAUGCCAUCGAAGGGAUUUGCAGCCGGCUACAGGUGCUGGUGCAGGAUUCGUUUCAGAAGCACCUCUACGCCUCGGCCAUCUUCUUCGCAGAUCAGUUGGUCACCUUAAAGGGGGCGGGGCCUGAGGAAAUUUAUACCCUGGCAGAGUGCUACUUUAAGAACCGGGAGUACAGACGGGUCUUGCACCUGCUGAAGAAGCAUAGUGAGACCACUGAACGAAACGAUCGAUUGAAGCUUCUGGUAGCACAGAGCAUGAUGGAGUGCCGGGAUUGGGAGGACGCUGCGCUAUAUUUGGAGAGCACCUGGCCAGAAGAUCAAGGUGCUUCGGAUCCGAAGUCUGCAGCCUGUUUUGCCCUGCUACGAGGGAAAGUCUACGAAGCCAUGGAGAAUCUGGAGCUGGGUCUGGGUAAAUGUCGGGCAGUGGCAUGUUUGAUGAUGUUUGAUGUGGCCAUUCUAUGCCAUCCUUGGGAUGAAUCGGAGGUGCUUGGUCUCAGGUGGUACGAAAGGGCGGCUCACUUGGACGCCUAUUGCCAUGAAGCAUUGGAAAGAUUGGUUGGUAGCCAUUUGCUCAGCAUCGAGCGCGAAAUUGCGCUGUUGAAGGGCUUGAAGUUACACAAGGAAGAUGAGUGGCUUAGACAUCUCUAUGCCGCCAAGCUUACAGCGAGCAGAAGCAGUGAUGAAAAUCCCUUCGCAGAGGCGGUCCCCGAGGAACGAAAAGGUGGGGAAGUCCUGGGAGAUUGGCGUGUCAGGAGACAAGGGCUGAGACAAGGUGCAGCCGAUGCUCCUGGUUAUCCCACACCGUUUCUCCCCGCGGCCUCCGCCGGCAACGGCCACGCCCGUGCGGCGCAAGCGGCGCGAUUCUUCGGGCAGGCGUGGAACGUGGCCAACAUCUUCACAGGUUGGGUGGACGUGGACCUGUCGGAGAAGGGUCUGGGAGAAGCGAAAGGUGCAGGAGAACUUUUGAAGGCCGAGGGCCUCCAGAUCGACGUGGCCUACACCUCCUAUUUGAAGCGUGCCAUCAAAACCUGCAAUCUGGCGCUGGAGGCGGCGGAUCAGUACCAUGUGCCCGUGAACAAGACCUGGCGCUUGAACGAACGCAUGUAUGGUGGACUGACAGGUUUGGACAAGAAGGAGACGGUCAAGAAGCACGGCGCGGACCAGGUUCAGAUCUGGCGCCGCAGCUUUGACAUUCCUCCGCCAGCACUUGAGAAGGACAACAAGUACCAUCCAUGCCAUGAAGCCAAGUACGCUGACUUGGACCCCAAGGACCUGCCGGACACGGAAUGCCUGAAGGACACCAUUGCGCGGGUGAUGCCUUACUGGGAACAGACCAUUGCCCCAGCGCUGAAGGAGGGCAAGACGGUCUUCGUGGCGGCACAUGGCAACUCCAUCCGCGCCAUUGUGAAGAUGAUUGAAGGCAUCUCUGAUGACGUGAUCCCUGGAUUGGAGAUCCCCACGGGAACACCCUUGGUCUACGAACUCGACAAGGAUCUGAAGCCACUGCCCACCUCCCUGGCCGUGGAGCCCUUGAAGUUCGGUCGAUACCUGGGCGAUGCCGAGAAGAUCAAGGCCGCUGCGGAGGCCGUUAAGUCGGCUAGCCGACGUCGGCAGCCGGUCGACGACCCGGUCAGAACUCCCCAAAGAGGCAGCGGUCGUCGACGAACCGAGCACUCGCUGAGCGCGCGCCGCGGCAAUCAUUUUCAGCGGUCCGGGCAGCAACGAAUCCCCCGGGCGCUGCGAAAAAGAGAUGCGGAGCAAAGUGGAAAGGGACGUUGGGGAAAGCAGUCAGAGGGAGACUUCGAGUCGUGCCUCAUCGUCUCGAAGAAAGUCCUUGAGGAAGAUCCGUACCACCUGGCGGCCCUCCCAGUUCAUAUCUCCUCUUUGGUGAUGCUCAACAUGACCAACGUUGUCUACUACGUUGCGCAUCAGCUGAUGGCCGCGUAUCCUUCUACUGCUAUUGCCUGGUACACUGCAGGCUGUUACUACUACAUGAUCAAAAAGUACGAACAUGCACGGCGUUUUUUUCACAAGGCCUUGCGUUUCGACGGACUCUUCGCACCCGCCUGGGUGGCCUAUGGCCAUUCCUUCGCGCAGCACGAUGAGAGCGACCAAGCACUGGCGGCGUAUCGCACUGCGAGCCGCUUGUUCCCUGGAUCGCAGCUGCCAUGGCUCUUCAUAGGCAUGGAAUAUGUGCGAACCAACUCCCUUCAAUUGGCGCAGCAAUGCCUUGAUUGCGCGCGAACGCUGAUGCCCACGGACCCGCGGGUGUACAAUGAGCUGGGUGUAGUUGCCUAUCAGAAGCGCAACUACGAAGAGGCAGUACAUUUGCUUCGUCAGGCCAUUAGCCUUUCCAAUCACCCUCAGGAAGCCAUGCAUUGCAACCUGGGACACGCUUUGUUGAAGCCGAGAGCUCAGCCAAAGAACGUCAGCACGUGA